CUGUGAACUGUUAUGCACUUUCAGGAGCUCUUGCCAUUUCAGACACUAUUCCUUGUUUCCAUGCCAGGGGCGGACUGACAACUCAUGGGGCCCCCAGGCAAUAGUGGGAUCAUGGGGCCCCUUUGUCCUUGCCCAAACUCAAACAAGCCUAUGAAAAAGGUACCAGGGGCAUCUCAUGGGGCCCCCUACUGACCCCGGGCGCUCGGGCAGUGCCCGAGUUUCCAAAUGGUCAGUCCGCCCCUG